UGAAGCAGCACAGACAGAGACCCAAAUUAAACGAAAGAGUCUAAGAGAGAGAGAGAGAGGAGCAAAAAAGGAGGCCUGGCAGGUGCAGGUGUACCAAAUCACAAACACACACAUCUUCAACGCGUCUACAUACAUCGAAUGGUGCCUGCACUGCACUGCAGCCUAUCUUUCUCUCUCUCCUCUAGCUCGCUCGCUCGCUCUGGUGCACAACAACAACAACGAACGACAUCCAGUUUUUGCACUAAACGUUACAACGACAUCACGCUGCUCACGCUGCUUGCUCACAGGAGCCUCUUCUAGAGAGAGAAACGCUGAAACGGCCGGGUGUGGAGGUGGGAAUUGUGAUACUUGCUAGUGGAGAGGAAGAGAAAGUGUGUGUGUGUGUGUGAGAGAGAGAGAGAGAGAGAGAGAGGGGUUAAAGGAAGUUAAGGAAGGCGACACAUUAACGCCAUUAGGUGGACGCGAGGCGGAGAGAAUUGAUAAAUAAAUAGACAUGGCGCCGAGGACGACUGCCGGUGUAGAAGGCUUGGGGCCCACCACCGUCAAUAUUGCCGAGAGAGAAAGCAGCGGAUGCAGCGUUGGUUCAGCCUUCCCUGCUGAUGCUGCUGCUGCUGCUGCUAACAUGAAUAAACGAGGUGAGAAAGAUGAUUCGUACACUCGACUAUGGCAUGCAUGUGCUGGUCCUAAUGUUUAUGUUCCGCGCCCCGGAGAUAAGGUUUUCUACUUCCCUCAAGGUCACAUGGAACAGGUCGAGACAUAUGCAAACGAAGAUGGCAAAAUGGAAAUGCCAAUUUAUAAUUUGCCUUCCAAGAUCCUCUGCAAUGUUGUCUGUGUUCUGCUAAAGGCUGAAGUUCACACAGAUGAAGUGUUUGCUCAAAUCACCUUGAUUCCUCUGACUAAGCAAGAACAGCUAAGUUUAGAUGAAGAAAAUAAUCAACCCGUGCCUCAGAGCACCAGUACACGCUCCUUUAGCAAGACACUCACCCCAUCUGACACAAGCACUCAUGGUGGAUUCUCUGUUCCGAAACGACAAGCUGAUGAGUGCCUUCCACCCCUGGACAUGUCUCAGCAACCACCAGUACAAGAACUCGUCGCAAGGGACUUGCAGGGAUUUGAGUGGCACUUUCGCCAUAUAUUUCGCGGUCAGCCAAAGAGGCACUUGCUUACCAGUGGUUGGAGUACAUUUGUGACUGCAAAAAGACUUGUUGCUGGGGAUGCAUGUAUCUUUGUCAGAGGAGAAAAUGGAGAGUUGCGUGUUGGGAUACGCCGUGCGAACAAAAAACAGGACAAUGCAUCAACUGCUCUCAUUUCAGGCCACAGCAUGCAACAUGGCAUACUUGCCAGCGCAUUCCAUGCCAACUCUACUGGUACCUUGUUUACUGUGUACUAUCGUCCAUGGACCAGUCCUGCUGCAUUUAUAAUUCCUUAUGAUCAAUACAUGAAAUCAGCAAAAAAUGACUAUUCUAUUGGUAUGAGAUUCAGAAUGUGUUUUGAAGGUGAUGAAUGUGCAGAGAAAAGAUUGGCGGGUACUAUAAUAGAUAUUGAAGAUAAUGAUUGUAUCAGGUGGCCCAGUUCAGAAUGGAGGUGUCUGAAGGUCCAAUGGGAUGCCUCAUCAGAUACAAACUUGCAUCCUGAAAGGCUUUCUCCUUGGAAUAUCAUGCCUCUCCAACCUAAUAAGAGAGCACAUGUUCCUGAUCUGAUAUCACCUGGGUUUCCUAACUUGGCCACGAAUGGCUUAUUGCCAAUUCCAGUUGAGUAUACACCUCCAAGACAAAAAAAGGUCUUUCAAGGUCAAGAAAUUAGUGACCCACCUGCUCAUGAACCGGGUACACAAAAACCACCAUUACUACCGCAGUUUAUUCCACCAUCAAAUCCUGACUGGAACCAUACACAAUUGGGAUUGGAAAACAAUCCAUUGCAUGACCCACUUUAUCAAUGUCCUGGCAGUGCAAUAGCUCCAAGUCUCACUAACCAAUGGCCACCGAUAUUUAAUUUUGGAGUCUUGGACAGUGUCGCGUUUAGAAGAAGCAUGUCAGUUCCAAAUAUCAAAUCCUCUGGGUCCCAGGACUCGAGGGCCUUCAAACCAAGGAGUGAGAUUGAAGCGCCACUUGUCCAACCAAAUAGCCGUGGUACAACCAUGCUGUUUGGAGUCAAUAUAGUUACUAGUCACCCGGAGCUCCCUUCACCACAAGUUGUCACUUCUAGUGAACUUUUUAGUCCUUGUUCUAUUACUCCAAUAUCUCAGUCGAGUGUUUCUGAAACUAUCCAGAUUUCAGAGACAUCUAAGAGUGUUUCUGGUGUUCUUUCUGCGAAACAAUGCAAUAAAUGUUGCUCUGUCACUAACAGGAGCUGCAUAAAGGUGCUCAAAUAUGGAGCUCCUGUUGGAAGGUCAGUGGACCUCACACGCUUUGAUGGGUAUGGUGAACUCAUUUCUGAGCUUGACCAGAUGUUCGAUUUCAAAGGAAGCUUGAUCGAUGGAAGCAGUGGGUGGCAGGUAACCUACAUGGAUGAUGAAGGAGACAUGAUGCUGAUAGGAGAUUACCUGUGGCAUGAAUUCCAGUCCAUGGUGCAAAAAUUGUUCAUCUGUCCAAAGGAAGAAAUCGACAGACUGAAUCCAGGCUCGCCAAAUGCAACAUCCCUCUAAUUCUUUGCUCUGAGGUCAUUUGUGUUUAUCUGUUCAUAUGAGGGAGUGUGAGACAGAGACAGAGACAGAUGGUAUCGACGAAAAUGUCUGCAUGAAUAGCUAUGUCCGCUUGUGCAAAUUUAAUUAUCUAGUGUAGCUGCAGUUUGCACAUUAUCUAAAUUUAGCCAAAAACAUAACUUUGGUUGUUUGUUCUGAAGGAUGCUAGUGUUUUGUGAGAGAUUGCUGUCCUGUAUAAAAUCCAGAUAUAUAUGCACCUGUUCUGGUAGAAUUAUGGACCUGGGCAGUGGGCAUGAAUCAUGAUAGAUACUUUAUUCGCAGUAUAUUAUAUUGGAUAGUUCUUCUUUAUUCACAGUA